AUGCAAGCAGCCAGGGCACCUCGCAACUCGACUGGAACACCGAGAAGCCGCCUGAAGCCGUGGGAAGUGUAUCGCUUCUAUACCUGCGCACAUCACAAGGCAGGCGUGGAUCUCAAUCUUUUCCUUGAGCUGAAUGUGUUCAGUGCCUUGGGCCUGGACAUGUCAAAGGACUUUGGCGUAUGGGCCCACUUCUGCCCGCCGGGCCCUCCAGACUUUUGCUACAACCCUGAAGCGAAAGUGCGUAUUGCGAUGGACAUCUGCUCCUGGGAAACCGUCCAGCUAGAACGUGAAGCAGCCAGUCCCCAGCGCGUGCUGGUGGCAGGGACGGUGCGGGAUCCCUUGGACAUGGUGGCUUCGGCUUAUUGCUAUCACCAUGCCUGGAAUGAGUGGAACAACCCGACCUUUGAAAAGCCGCCGUUGAAGGUCGAGUUUAUGGACGUCCACGAGGGUGUCGAUUUCAUGGCAAAGAACAUGCUCGAAGCUGUGGCCAACAUGACGAGCAUCCAUUCCCAGCCCCACAGCGAUACAUAUCGCAUAGCCUACGAGGCCAUCACCCGCUCCUCGCAGGACUUCGACGAGGAGGUGACGAAGCUUAUCGACUUCUGGUCUCAAGGACUCUUGACACAGAGAGAGCGCGACCUGGCCCUGGAGGCAGCAAGAACCACAGACCUCCACCGUCACCCGGACCACCAGCCGGCGAACCACACCAACGACGAGGAGUGCAUGGCCCAGGCGAGGGCAGCCACGCACACGUUGCAGCCAGAGAUCUUGGCGCAGUACCAUGAAUUUCAGAGACGGCUGGGAUACGAGGCUCCCUGGGCGCUGCUCAGUUCUUGUGUUCAAAACGCGCAGCCGUUUGGCGUUCUGUCGCUGGUGCUUCAGUGCAACGUGGGUGUGAUUGCCGGCUACCAUCUCUUGGCGCGGCGCUACGUCGCAGAAGGAGACGACUGGAAGGCCUAUCGGCUACUCCAGCUGGCCCUCAUCUACGUCUUCACGCUCCGGAAUGCACUGAAGGUGCCAGAGGAGGCAGCCCGUGACUGGGCCACGCGCACGGACCGCAUUGUGGGCGAGAUCCGAAUUCUCAAGGACCGGCUGUCCUCGGAGCAGCACAGGCGCUACACCAAACUGCCAGAGGCGAAUGCCACCCUGCGCAUCAGCGGCUUGCGCAUAGCCAUUGUCUCGAUCUGCGCGUACCCUCCGGGUCAUCCACUGAUCUUACGGAACAUCACCCCAGAGAACCGCAAAGCCUAUGGCAACCACCAUGGCUACGAAGUCUUCGUGCAUUACGAGCACCCCAUGCCCGACAAGGGCGUGCACAUUCAGCAUUCAAAGCUUCAGCUGGUGGCAGACUACCUGCGCACUGGCCUCUACGAUUGGGUCGCAUGGUUCGACUGCGACUCCAUUAUCAUGAACUUGAACCGCACCCUGGACUCUGUGAUCCACCGCUAUGCGCGGCGAGCCCUGCGGCUGGCACAGAAGCCCACGCGCUCGAAGACCGCCAAGAGGCCCAGCGAGGGCCGGGAAGGGCCGGACGAGCAGCAGGUCACUGUGGACCAGAGCACCUAUGACGGAACCUUCCAUGCGGAAGAGGAGCCAUUUGAAGAUGAGGUCCUGGAGUCCUUCAUCGGUCAUGUCGGCAGCUGCAACUCCGACCAGGGCUGCAUUCUGUCCAAGCGCAUCCGGGUGAACCCCCGCACGAAGUACGUGGCAACGCUGCGGGUCGCGCAGAUAGACAUGGAACAGAACAGCGAGAAGCUGUCCUUCAUCGUGCUUGGCGGUCAAAGCCUAGGCGAGUGCAACCCCCGACCAGAAAGCGACUUCGACUGUCGCCUGCAUAGUUGUUUCACCGAUGUGGAGGUCCCCCAGGCCGCCGUCGCCACAGGCGUCGUCACGCUCGAAGCCCAGGCUGUUCGCACUCACAACGACGCUUGGACCUUCCUGGAGAUUGCCACUGCAGCCGCAUCCACGGCAUCUGUUAUUCAGCGGCGCUCGCUGCAUAUGAGGGUGGAAACUGACCACACCGCCAGAUUUUACUACGGGGCCCAGGCGCACGCAGGCACAGAAGGUAACGAAAAGGCGGAUGCACUCGCCAACGCUGGGCGUACACAGGGGCGCAACGGCGGAAGUAACAUGGUUCCCCCGGACACUCCGCCCCAGGACCACACCCCCACCAUGUCAGCGGACACCAUGGUGCACGCCAUGAAGCAGGCUGCGGCGGAUCACUUUCCUUACAAAGAACGACGCGCGCACACACCAUGGAUCAAAGACCACACCCUACAGCUCCUGGCCCAGGCACGGGCAGCGCAAGCGGAAGGUCACGAAGAUUGGAAAACGCAAAGAAACAAAGCCAAGAGGGCAGAAGGGAUAGAAUCGACUGGGUUCAUGACCAACUUUUAG